UAGGGGGAGGAGCGUUUCGCUUCCUUGUAUCACGUUGCUUUUGCGCUGCAAAGUUCACAAGGAUCAAGUCAAGUUAGAGACAGAGUGACAAGGGACUGUCGACCACCUCACUGUGUGUCGGUAUAAAGUUGAGAGAAUUAGUUUAGGGGUGAAGGGAAAAAAAAAGUUUGCUUGUAGAGUAAGUUGAUGACAUUCUGACUCAAACACUGCUCGGCUCCCUUUUUUGCUCAACAUCCACACAGCCAUGGAGUGGGGAUUACCCUGUCGGACAUCACUUUGGAGAAAGAAGCCAAUACUUUGGUUUUGCUCUGUUCUGGUUUACAUGGCUGGAGCUAAAGGCGAGAUGUCCCACGCCCCCUCCACACUGAGUGUUACGCCCCCCCACCUGCACUACACCUGUCCUGAGGGUGCAACUGUCAAACUGGUGUGCGGCCAGAGAGGUGCAGUCUUGCAUCCCACUGAUGUCUUGAAGCGCAGCUGGCUUUUCACGCCGCACAGUGACCAGCACUGUAAGGGACGGGAGGGCCCACGCCAUAUUAUCCUUGGUAGCCAUUCCCAUGGCAACCACAGCUUGCCGCCAGGGUUGCAUUUUGGAUCUGCAGAGUAUAACUUCUGGGUGAUUCUACAGAAUGUAACCCACGCUGACCAGGGUCGCUACUGCUGUGUCGUCCUAGAAUUAGAGGUGGAACAUAAACACGUUUCUCCAGUGCAGAGAACCCACAGCCACGUUAUUCUCCACGUUACACCACGGAGAAAUGGAUCUCAAGAUUGCACUGUCUGGGAUCCAACGCCACCUGGAGGCUCUGUACCAGUGGCCCUGGCUAUAUCAGCUUGCAUCUUGGCUCUGCUUACUCUGCCUCUUAUUCUGAUGCUGGUGUACAAACAGAGGCACAACGGCGAGUCGAGCAGACGUGCCCAAGAGCUGGUGAGGAUGGACAGUGAGGCUCAUGGCCAUGAGAACCCUGUGUUUCUUAGGGGAUCACCACAGAUUAAGACCCGUACCGUGUCUCAGAUCAUGACGAGGCAAUCCUCAGAGACAGGACGCCACCUGUUGUCUGAGCCAGGAACCCCCCUUUCACCUCCUGCACAUGGGGACGUGUUUUUCCCAAUUGAAGACACCAUCUUUGAGUCUCCAGACUUCCUCCAGGUUUAAAGGAGGUUGAAACCUCAUUCAUCGCUUUAACUGCUGAUCUGGAAACAGGCCUGCAACUCUCUUCCUCUUCUCUCUGCCUCCAGAGCGAUGUUGCCCUUAUGAGCUGUCUCACAAUAACCUUGGCUGAGAUUGUCUAGACUGCAAGAGGGAAUGGACUGCGUUUUUUUUUAUUAAAAAACUAUUUCCACCUGUCACAACAGCUGGAGGCCGCCUAUAAGCACGGGGUCUGGGUUUGUGUGUUGCGUUACAUCGAAACUGUGACAAUGGCUCAUGGACCAACAGGUGCCUGCUGCUUGAGAAGAACCCAGGAUGUUGAGGGUGGGGGUCCUGCUAUGAGCAAGGGCGGUGUGUUCAGAGUGAUAAAACUCUAAGGUUGCUUUCACACCCAACUUGUUCAAAUAUGGUGCAUUUACUUGUUUGGUUUAGUUCAUUUAGGCUGGUGUGCACUCUGUAAUUCAAACCCUGGUGUGGACCAAAGAACUGCACUUACACCGCCUGGUUUCUGUUCAGUUCAGUCUAAUGCGCGGUUUGGUGUAAACGCAAAGCAGACCAACCGAGGGAUCAUGUGAUAGUAAAUGUAUGACAAUGGCAAAAACGUAACUAUUAAAUUGACAAUCCAUUUUCUGUUUAUUGGAACUGUCAAAGAAGCAAUCUCCCAUAAAGUUACACAAGACCAUUUGGUAAUCAUGGUAACAUGGUGUACAUGUCAGCACAUGAUAUGUAUACCAUGGUAACAUGGUGUGCAUGUCAGAAAGUUAAAAUGGGUUUAAACAGAAGUGUGUGCUGUUUGUGUCCUUUUCUGUGCUAUUCGGCAUUUCCUCAUUAAAAAAUAAGAAAAACAUGGCGGCCUCACUGACAGCAACAAGCCCCCUCUAUUCUAUUACAAGAGGCCUUGUUUCUGUUCUUUUUCAUGGCAUUCCAUCAUUAUUUAUGACAGAAGGCUCUCUCUCAUCCCUAUCAUUGUAAUAAAGUGCUCUAAUAGCUUCAUACCAAAGGAGGCUCAAUCAUCAGAGAAGUUCCAAUAUUCUUGUACAAGUUGACAGUAAUUUGUUUUUAUGGCAUUACACUGUUUCUCUAUCAUUUCCACUUGACCUCGGCUUCUUUUCUCUUCCCUCUUGCUACCUCAGUUACUGUCAGCUCUGUAGCUCUAAAUACUCUCCUUCCUUCCUGUAUUCUCAGAAACACAGCACUUCACCUUAAAUAUAAUGCUACUACAAGUGCUGAAAACUGCAGUAAAUAUUUCGAAAGAAAACCUUUUUGAUAAUAGUUGUUCAUGAAUGUCAUUUAAUGAUAAAGAAUUUUUAUUGAUUUUCUCUUGAAUGAAAAAAAAGUCAUAAAACUGCCAACAGUUUAAUCACUGUCAUCUUAAUUCUGUUUUUGUGAAUCUUUAUUAUCUCAUUUAUUUUUGUUUUCAUGUGUGUUGAUUUAAUUGUUGGGAUGUGUAUAUUAGUGUGCAUUCAUAUUUCUAUGUGUGCAAUGGGAUGUUAAUAAGUCAAUAUUUAGCACAUGUGUGCAGGAACGGCAUUGAAAUGUUAACCAAAUCUUAUCAAGGUAGACUGAGAGAAAAUGAGAAGUGUUUGCAAUGUUAAUAUUCAUAUUCAUAUUUUCAUAUUAAAGUUAAGUGUGUACAGCAGGUGCUCAUCGGAAAUCAUCUCAGUCUGUAGGACAGGGUAUAAUGUAUGUAUGUUUUUGAAUAUUUUGAUAAGUAGUCAUAUCACGGUGUUAUGUUUGUGUAUUUGUGUUUUCAAGUGUGCCUGUGUAUGUGUGUGUUUUUAAAUCUUGGGUUACAGUUUGUAGUCUGGUUUGAGUGGCUGUGUGCAUACUUGCAUAAAAUUUUGCAUCUGUGUUUUAUACUGUAAAAAGCUUUAUUAUACAUAGAUACAGAGCAAUGCAAUGAAAGCAUGAGUGUUCUGUAUAUUGCAUUUAAAUUGUCCUGGUUGUAGCUUGUAUAAUAAAGCGGAACUCUUAAACCUUAAA